AUGAACAUGAAUAGGCAACACGUCACUUUACUUGUACUGCUCGACCUCAGUGCUGCGUUUGAUACCGUCGAUCAUGUUCUCCUACUUCAGCGCCUGCAAUUGAAAUUCGGUCUAUCUGGAACUGUUCUUAAAUGGUUUACAUCUUACCUUUCUCAGCGAACACAAAGAGUUACAGUUGGCGGUGUGUCUUCCGAGAAAUUCAAUGUUGAUUGUGGUGUUCCUCAGGGAUCAUGUCUAGGUCCGCUUCUGUUCGUUCUUUAUGUAAGCGAACUACUUGAGUUAAUAGAGCGUCACCUACCAGAUGCACAUGCUUAUGCCGACGACACCCAGCUUUAUAUCUCGUUUCUCGCAGAUUCUCGUAUCGACCAAGAAACUGCAGUCCGAACUGUUGAGAUGUGCAUUGAUGACAUCAAACGAUGGAUGCUUGCUAAUAGACUGAAACUCAACGAGGGAAACACUGAAGUAAUUCUAAUCGGCACUUGGCAACAACUCGAAAAAAUCGACUUCAACAAUAUUCGUGUUGGCAGCAAUGUUGUUACUUGUGUUGAGAACGCCAAGAACCUCAGCUGCUG